AUUUCCCCUGUCACUCCUGCUCAUGCCGGCACCUACACGGCUGUGGCCGUUAACGAGUAUGGCGAAUCGUAUACCUCGGCCACGUUGAUUGUUCAGCCGACUACCACCACCAAAACUGUCGUCGAAGAUAUGCUUCAGGAGGACACCUUUGAGAGGUUGGGGCGACCCAAAGAAAGGACCGAAGAGGUUGUGCGUGAAGAGUUAAAGUACGAGGAAAAGUCGAGAGCGAUUCCUCAGCCACAUGACACUUCGAAAAGUGUUACGGAGAAGCGAUGGGUUGAGUUGAUCGAAGAACAGAUGAGCCAACCGUCGCCUAUUCCUGAGCCGAUCUCUGUGACAACGGAGAAGAAGAAGGUGUCGGAACGGAGAUGGGUAGAUUUGAUCGAAGAACAAAUGAGUCAACCUUCGCCUAUUCCUGAGCCGAUCUCUGUGACAACGGAAAAGAAGAAAGUGUCGGAACGUAGAUGGGUAGAUCAGAUAGACGAGAUUCUUCAACAAGCAACGCAGCGUGAGGUGCAGACAGCCGAAACAUAUGUGAAAAUGGUAGACGAAUUGAUGCGAGAUGCUCUACCACAAACAGAGCGCGAGGCAACUCGCACUGUUACUACAGAAGAAUACGCUCAGCAAAUUCACCAAGCUCCAAGACCUGAAGUUGAAACCAGCACAACGACUAAGGUCUCGUUGGAGGCUUAUCAUGCGGGGAAAAUCGAUGUUGCUCCACAACCAGAAGUUCAAACGAGUACCACCACCCAAGUGGCUGAAACAUAUCACGCCGGGCAAAUUCAUGAAGUUCAACCCAAAGUUGAGACUACUACCACUACUCAAGUCACAACGGAAGCCUUUCAUGCUGGGGCCUACUAUGAAGCGGUGCCAGAAGUGAAACCGGAAGUGUACCCAAUCACCACGGAAAAACAAGAAAAGAUGUACAGUGCGGUAAGUACUAUUGAAGACUUCGGAAAGCGUUUUAGGUACUCACGACAGACGCAAAUAGAGAGAGAGAGAUAA